AUGGCCAACAAACUCAGAAUUGGGCUCUGCCAGCUUUUUGUGACUGCCGAUAAGACGAGAAAUAUUAAAAACGCAGUUGAAAAGAUCAGACAAGCAAAGGAUAUGGGUGCGGAAUUAGUUGUUUUACCAGAGUGUUUUAAUAGUCCUUAUGGCACUCAGUACUUUAAACAAUACGCGGAGGAUCCAAAUCACUCAGAUACAUUGGAUCAAAUGGCACAGGCUGCCAAAGACAAUCAGGUGUAUCUUGUGAGUGGUUCAAUUCCAACAAUUGGAAAGAAUUCCGACAAAUACUUUAAUUCUUGUUUUGUAUUUGAUAGGGAAGGAAAGAGAAUAGGACGUUACGACAAGAUUCACUUAUUUGAGAUUGACACACCAACGAUAAAAUUCAAGGAAUUAGAAAUAUUAUCACCUGGAUCAGAACUGUUCUCCUUUCACAUACCAGAAAAAGGUGCAACAAUAGGAAUUGGAAUUUGCUUUGACAUUAGAUUUCCUGAAUUAGCAUCUAUUUAUCAAAGUCAACAUCAAUGCAAUGUAUUGGUAUACCCAGGUGCUUUCAACAUGACUACUGGCCCUUUACAUUGGAACCUGUUGGCAAGAGGAAGAGCUGUCGACAAUCAGCUCUUUACAGUCUUGUGUUCACCUGCAAGAGAUGAGACAGCAAGUUAUGUUGCAUAUGGCAACUCAUUAAUUGUUGAUCCAUUAGGUGAUGUAAUUCAGCAACAUGACGAAAAAGAAAGCAUCAGUGUGACAGAAAUUGAUUUGUCAAAAGUUCAAACAGUCAGAAAUCAAAUUCCAUCACUGCACAACAAGAGACAUGAUCUAUAUGAGAUACGUUUGAAAAAAUAA